AUAAAGCAAUAAGCCUGCAGCAAGACAAGCAGACGUUUUACCUUGGGAAUUAACAAAAGCAUGCCUGCUACCUUUUAAGGGGUGGAGAGUUGGUAGUUGAUUAAAAUCUUACCCCACCCUCGGAAAAACUCUUUGGAAAUGGGAGAAUCGGGACGUGGAUGAUUCUAGAGGCGUGCCUAAUCACCAGGUGUCAGACUAUGUGGUGUUUGUGGUCUAACGUGCCAAAUCAAAGAGCAGCAGUGAAAAUCAUUUGAGAAGAAUUCUCCAAGGCGCAUCCAAUGCUUAGCAGGACCACCCUGACAGAGAAAGGAAGACGAUGUUUCGGGAAGGCGAGGGUUCGGGGCAGCUGGGGCGGAGGCGGCCGUCCCCGGCACGGAGGCUUCGUGCGCUGCCCUAGGGGAAGAGGAUGGGCCUGAGGUCCGGGAAGAGCCUUCCCGAGCCCCCCACUUCCAGUGCGGGGAGGGAAAAGUUGCGAAGCAGCCUCGAGGGAACAAAAGCCUGAUUCGGGACCGGCUGAACUGGACAGGACCUUGAAGCAAGCCAGCUAGCUCCGGGGACAGGCAGGGGCUCCCGCUGGCUCGCGGAGGCCGGAGCUACCCUCGCCACCGCCGCCCUCGCCACCGCGCCGCCGCCGCGGCCCCUGCGUUACUGGGGGAGACGGUGCCGCUGCGACAGGGGAGGACGCGGCUGGAGCUGAAGGAGGCUCCAACGCGCAGGCGCCGCCGAGCCCUGCCUGGAUGCUCAGUCAAGGCACUCAGGAAAAAAAAAAAAUCAGCAAUUUAUAGAAAGAAGAAGCUAUAGUCUGUCGGGAUAUCCAACACCAACAGAUAUUCUGAUGGCAAAUCAAACGGAAGGAAAGAGGAAGCAUGACCACAGAUUGGAUCAGAUCUCUUUGUGGAUUACAUUGUUAGUAAAAUGUAUGGAUCUAGCUUUUCCUUGUUCUUAUAUCUAGAUCAUGAGACUUGACUGAGGCUGUUUCCUUAUCCUCCAUCCAUCUAUGGCGAACUAUAGCCAUGCAGCUGACAACAUUUUGCAAAAUCUCUCGCCUCUAACAGCCUUUCUGAAACUGACUUCCUUGGGUUUCAUAAUAGGAGUCAGCGUGGUGGGCAACCUUCUGAUCUCCAUUUUGCUAGUGAAAGAUAAGACCUUGCACAGAGCUCCUUACUACUUCCUGCUGGAUCUGUGCUGUUCAGACAUCCUCAGAUCUGCAAUUUGUUUUCCAUUUGUAUUCAACUCUGUCAAAAAUGGCUCUUCCUGGACUUACGGGACUCUGACUUGCAAAGUGAUUGCCUUUCUGGGGGUGUUGUCCUGUUUCCACACCGCUUUCAUGCUCUUCUGCAUCAGCGUUACCAGAUACCUAGCUAUCGCCCAUCACCGCUUCUAUACAAAGAGGCUGACCUUUUGGACGUGUUUGGCUGUGAUCUGCAUGGUGUGGACUCUGUCUGUGGCCAUGGCAUUCCCCCCGGUUUUAGACGUGGGCACGUACUCGUUCAUUAGGGAGGAGGAUCAGUGCACCUUCCAACACCGCUCCUUCAGGGCUAACGAUUCCCUAGGAUUUAUGCUGCUCCUCGCUCUCAUCCUCCUCGCCACACAGCUUGUCUACCUCAAGCUGAUAUUUUUUGUCCACGAUCGAAGGAAAAUGAAGCCAGUCCAGUUUGUAGCAGCCGUCAGCCAGAACUGGACCUUUCAUGGCCCUGGAGCCAGUGGCCAGGCAGCUGCCAACUGGCUAGCAGGAUUUGGAAGGGGUCCCACACCACCCACCUUGCUGGGCAUCAGGCAAAAUGCAAAUACCACAGGCAGAAGGCGGCUGCUGGUCUUAGAUGAGUUCAAAAUGGAGAAACGAAUCAGCAGAAUGUUCUAUAUAAUGACUUUUCUCUUCCUAACCUUGUGGGGCCCCUACCUGGUGGCCUGCUAUUGGAGAGUUUUUGCAAGAGGCCCUGUAGUACCAGGGGGAUUUCUAACAGCUGCUGUCUGGAUGAGUUUUGCCCAAGCAGGAAUCAAUCCCUUUGUCUGCAUUUUCUCCAACAGGGAGCUGAGGCGCUGUUUCAGUACAACCCUUCUUUACUGCAGAAAAUCCAGGUUACCAAGGGAACCUUACUGUGUUAUAUGAGGGAGCAUCUGUAAAUCUUUAGCCUUGUGAAACACUAACCCUCUCUGCUAAGCAAUUGUGGCCUGUAGCCAUGUCUUGAGAAGAAAAUCAAGGAUGGGAUCAGCAGUUAUAAGGAUUUGGGCAACCUUCUGCAGUCUUUGCAAUAGUUCACCUAUAAUCCAAUUUAAAUCUCAGAGUGAUCCUGCUGACUGCCGCUGAAGGUUUGUAAUUAAGAAAGGACAGAACCACUGCCCUAAGUUUCUUUCUGUGGUUGAACACUAGAUAAUGAACGUAGCAGGUGCUAAGUAUCAGUGCUAAAUGCUGUGUAUAUCAUUACAUAUGAAAAAAAAAACUUAAACACAAUUAGCAUUGGACCUUUUAAUAAAUUAAGUUGACAUGAGGUAAAUGUGUUGAUAAAAGCUAAUUUUAGAAGUUUGAAGACUUUAAAACAUUUCAUACUAUUUUUGUUUUGCAAAGACUUCACUACUGGGGGAACUAACAGUACUGUAAUCCUCUAAAGAUGUGCCAUGAAUUAUUGGGGUACAACACUUUAAACACGCCUUGUAAGAUUGGGGGAGCAUUCCAAAGCAGUAUAUUGGUUCCAAUUAGAGUUUACCUUUUUUGUAUUAAUAUAUUGCUAUUUCUAAAUGCCACUUUCCUUCCCUACCAGUGAAAUUGCUAGCAUUGAACUGUACUAUGUGUUUUCUGUUCAUUCAGUAAAAGAGUUUCCAGUUUGUUUCUAUUUUACAAAUGCUAGAUAUCUGUCCGGGAGGCAACAUGAAUGGUAUCAACUGGCCACAGAUGCGCAGUUCUAACGAUACAGAAUAAACACUUGUUGCCUUAAAGGGUUAUCUAGUAUCCUUCAUAUUCUUUAGCAGUGGAGCAAAUAGUCAAGAGGCAUUGAAUCAGUGACUGGCCCUGGCUGUUUAUCAGGAAGUGCAUGGGAGAGCAUUGAAUACUUUUCCAUUUUUCCUCACAUGGUUUGAAAAUGAAGGUGCACAUCACUGGGAUAAUGAAAUUUCCUUCUGGGGUGUGCUACCCAUCCUAGUGUGCUCUGAGAAGUGGACAGCUGAUAUUUGUUUAUAUUAGAAGUCAGCUGUCAAGGGGAGCCUACAGCCUUAGAUGACAUCUGGCACAAGUUGUGGAGCAUUUAUUCUAUGGAAGGCACAGUCUUGUUUAUACUUUCUGCACAUUCGGUGUAUUGGUCGCUUAAAUUAUUUCAGUUUUAACUUGUGAAAGCUUAUAAUAUGAUUUCUGGUAUUUUAGAAAUACAUUAGAUUCUGUGAGUCUCAUUCUUUAAGAUACAGAUGUGUGAAGUUCAAUAUAAAGUUGCAUUUG